CGGUAAGACAUGCUCACUGCAUGCGGUGUGAUCAGUAUAGCAGCGCUCUCUGGUUCUCCACAUCUCAUUCUCUAGAAGAUGGCGGACUGCGCUUCACUGUUAGAUGAGGAGUUCUCUUCAUUCGUCUUCAAUUACUUGACUGAAAACUCCGGGAGCCAGUUUGGGGAAGAGGAGGUCUCCUCAGGCCGCCUAGAUGCUGACUUCCCCGACUUCGACCUCUCGCAGCUGGACGCCAGCGACUUUGAUUCGGUGAACUGCCUGGGCGAGCUGCCUUGGUGCAAUGAGCAAUCAGACCAAUCCCCUCCCUCCAUACAGUACAGCGCUGGAGACCCAGAGCUAUUUGAGGAAGAAAAUGCAGCGCUGCUCGCUGCGCUCACAGACAGCCUGGACGGCAUUGUAGAGGAUGGAGUCGGGGGUCUGUCUGUGUUCCCUUCGCUGGGGGAAGACCCUGAUGAGGGCGAAGAGGACGAAGACGACUUCGAUUUGGACAGUGAGCCCCUCACUGGCUCACUGAGCCCAGAGACAGAAGACCCGUCUCUACUAAAAAAGCUCCUGCUGUCGCCCCCUAAUGUGCCUGUGAGCCUUGAGACGCACAAAAAUGGCAGCGCGCAUCGCCAUAGCAGCAGGAUUCUGCACGUCAAGCCCGCGAGGCCUGUGCUGAAGAAGGACAAGACAAGCACACAAGACCGUAGGCUGCGACCAGUGAGACCCGCCGGGCGUCUUUGCACUGAACUCCAUCGCCACCUCACCACCGCACAGGAAGCGGAGGACACGCCUUCCGCAGACGAAGAGGAGGAAGAAGAAGAGGACAGUGACUCUGAAGAGGAAGAGUCAUCCAGCAGCGAGGGCGAGAGCACGGUGUGCGUCGAGCCACCAAAGCCCCAGUUCACCUCAGAAAAAGAACUGCAUUCUGUAGUCGAGCUCAUCAAAUACAUGCACACAUACUGCGUGCCAACACGCAAGCAGGCCGGCUGGGAUCGCAAAGAGCGCGAGGCGCAGGCACGUAAGGCCAAAUCCGAAAACUCUCACGUUUCCCACAGCCUUCCUCAGAACUCUCACAAGCCCACCCCCCAAAAUUGCAAUAGCAGCGCGUCCAGGCCACGCGUUCCCUUCACUCGCCGCAGGGAAAUCAAAGCCCACUCCCUGCUCAAGGAACUACUGGAGGCCGUCAGCUCAUUUGACGUAAGCAAGCCUUACAGAAUGCACAGCCCUCCUUACAGCCACGGCAGAGGGGACGUGGCACAGCCCGAUCGUGAGGUUAUUUCCCCCUCCGCACGCCAGGCUAAAGCCGAACCUAGAGACUGUGAGAGCUCGCAAAAGGCCGCAAAGCGUCCCAAGAGCCCCGAGCCCGAGGAGGGCUCCUUCUCGGUCAGGCGCUCUCGCCGGCUUGCUUCUUUUCCCAGCAGGUUCGCUAAGAGGGUCCGCGUGAGCUGCGACCGGUCAGAACGAAGUAGUGGGCAUUUCGGUGAAGAGGAGAAUGCGGUCAAACAUCCUCCCAUAGACGCUUCUGACAGCCAGAAGAUCAACAUCCUCAAAAGUCCUGACACUCAUAACCCUUGCUGCAGUGACGAGAAACGCGCCUGCCUCUGUCUGCCGCUGGCUUCCAAAUCCAACGGAGACACGCAGUAUGCCACCAAGUCCUUUGAGCAGACUCUCUGCAUGGAGCUGUGCGGCACAGCAGGCCUCACUCCCCCCACCACACCCCCUCAUAAACCAGUGGAGGACGAGCUCUUUAAACCAGACGGCAAGGCUGAGAUCACCACCAAGAGCUCGUGCCUGGCACGGGCGCACAUACGCAAGCUCCCAGAGCAGACAGAACUGUACGCCCAGCUGCGCCGGAUGGACCAGACCGGUGAUGCAGAAUGUAAGGGCGGCACGCAGCGGGCGUACGGGGACCACGACUACUGCCUACUGGGACUGGGGGAGAGUCGCAAGAGAACAGCGGCAGUGCUCGGCACCAUCGCACCCCGCCGAAAGAUACAAGAGAGCAACGGGGUGAUGGAGGGACAGGGGGAGAAGCUCGUAAAUAAAAUGAACGAAUACCAGCAGAGGACUGAGGCAGAGGAAGAGCUGCAGGAGAACCAGACCGCAGCAUUACCGACACUCAGUCCGGAGCAGACCAGCGAACCCACUCCGGCCUGUUCACCCACCCAAGAGUUGGAUGCACAAUCCCCGGUGUCCUGCUCGCCCCCCUCCCCCGGCUGCAAAAUUUCCUUCAGCAGUGGGAGCUCUGAGACAUGCCAUGAAACAUCGGAUAAAAGAAGCAAGAUAAAGUGUGGACAAGAGAAUGAUGUGAACAAGUGCCAAGUGAUCUACAUUCACAACCUUCCGAGCAGCGUCACUCAGUCCAUGCUGCGUAAGCGCUUCGAGGCCCUUGGUCACCCAGAAGUGGUCAUCAAAGACGAGGAGCGUUGUGGAGUUAUCACACUGCGGCCCUCUCAGAACGGCCCGACUCAACGGCACAGGUGGGACUCGGUCAGUCCGGGCGGAGGGAACGGCAGCCGGCGAUUCGGCAGGAAGCGUUACAUAGAUCUGGAUGAGGCAGGUCCAGGACCAGUAAAGAGCAAGUAUGAUGCAUUGGACUUUGACGCUCUACUAAAGGAAGCGCAAAGAAGCCUGCAUCGCUGACACGCCUUAGCACACCUCCAGCGUCCCCGCCCUGUCCGAGACUCGACUCAGAACCUCAACCAAGGCACCUCUUCAUGUUUACAUUUGAAUAAAAAAAAUGGACCUUGUAACCGAGGAUCGGAGGACACUGGGGCAGGACGACACAACAAACACAAACAGCUUUGAAAACACGGACACAAGUGCUGCUUCUCGCACGCGUCUGUGACCCGGACGUCAUCCGUGACAUCGCGAGCGGCUCAGGCUCAGUAGCAAACCGCACUUAUUUCCGUUGGUUGUCGUGGCGUGUGUGUGCUUUUCUAAUUUUGUUUUUACCCCUUUGUCACUCUUCAUAGACCUGCAAGGUGCUUUUAUCAUUUUGUCGUAUAAAUACAAUAUAUAAAUAAUAACUGCUACUUGUAUUAGCGAAACUUUGUGGAUGUUCAACUCCGUGUGUGUGUGUGUGCGUGUGUUACGAUGAAAAGUGGAUUAAAAGCAGAUUAAAAAAAACGACACAAAAAAUCCUUACAAGGUAGAGUUUACAAAUCAAAAGGAAAAGAAAAAAUAGUCUUUUUGUAAUUUUAGUGCUUCCUUGAUUUCAUCUAUGCACUCAAACGAGGUAGUGUUUCUUUUAUCCGGUGUCUGACCUCCUCUGGUUUAAAAGGGGCUUUUGCUGCUGGCCGCCAGAGACAUCCGAGCCAAUAAUCUUUAUUCCAAACCAACCUGAUCCCCAAAGGUGAAGUGUGUCAUUUUUUACAAUCGUAAAUACGUUCGCUUAUCCUCAUAGAGUAUUUAAAGAUGAUUCUAAGCAGGCAAAUCCCCCAAAAACUAAACACUGCCUGCGUCCCAGAUCACAUAUUAUACAUCCCAAACAGUAUUCAAAAUUAGAAUUAUAGGUGUACUGUGUAACUUUUAGAAGGAUCUCUUAACAGAAAUGCAAUAUAAUCUACAUUCUAUGUUAUCAGCAGUACAUAAUGAACUGCAUUAUUUUUAUUAUUAUUUUUACACUAGAAUGAGACGUUUUUCUCUACAUACACCGCAGGUCCCCUUACAUGAUAUUUCUACAGUAGCCCUAAAUGGACAAACUGCUCUACAGAGCGCAUUUUGUCACUACGUUGUCUCAUACGAUUAUGUGUUUGUCCUGUUGUGGCUACCGUAGGUUUCCUAUGUGUUUCAAAAGUGAGGGAUGAGCUAUGAAGUGGGCUAUUGGUUCCAAUUCACAAUCUCACCACUAGAUGUUACUAAAAAUCUACACAGUGGACCUUUAAUCGUAGUAUGUUAAGUAUCUAUAAAGUUCCUGGAUGGUCUUCUGUUUUUGAUGAAAAAGCAUCUGUGCACACUCAUACCGUUCAUAUAGCUCAUUACGAGGGUUCGGAGCCGAUGGUGUAGUGGGCAGUGCUCCGACAUAUGGUGCAAAUGCACUUCCGGCGACCCGAGAUCGAAUCCCGGCUCAAGGUCCUUUGCUGAUCCCAUACCCCUCUCUUAACCCUCUACUUUUCUGCCGUCUAUCAAAAACUACUUUCUAUCAAUAAAAAGGCAAAAAUGGCCAAAAAAUAAAUAAAAAUAAAAAACUCAUUACGAGGGGCUGGAGUUUAGUUGCGCUACACAGAAUUAACAAAUUAAAUAGAUGAUGCAUCACUGAAUCUAUAAAUUAAACUAUAUGGUAAACAUAACAUGACAAAUAAUGAAUAAUAAUUGCAAAGAUGAGUUGUAUUUUGAUCACAGCGUCGUCCAUGCAACAGUCGUCACUUCCGCUUCGUGUUAACUCUUUCCCUGCCAAUGACAAGUUUUACGACAAUCCAUAUUUCUGCUGUUAUCCAUUAGAUGGCGCUCUUACCCAGCUUAUAAAACACUGAAGCAUCCACUGAUCCAAAAACAGUAAAGAACACUUUUGAAGAAACCUUCCCAUAUUUGAGAUCAAAAGAGAACAAAUGAAGAUAGGAUGAAACGUUUUUUUUUUGUUUUGUUUUGUUUUUUCUUUUUAAAGCAGAGGGUCUGUUUUAUCAUUUGAUUUAUUGUAUGUUUAUAUAAUUUAAAAAGAAGAGUUUCUUCAAAAAUACCACAUUUUGAGCAAAAAGCUGAAAUAAUUGCAUUUUUGUAAAUGACUUUUGUUUAAAAGAGACAUUUCACAAGACUUUUUAAAGAUGUCAAAUAAAUCUUUGGUGUCCCCAGAGUGACGUUCUAGCUCAAAUUAUCAUAUAAAUAAUUUACUAUAGCAUGUUAACAUUGCCACUUUGGAGCAAAAAUGUGCCGUUUUUGGGUGUGACCUUUUAAAUGCAAAUGAUCUGAACGUUGCACUAAAUGGCAGUGCCGUGGUUGGAUAGUGCAGAUUAAGGGUCGGUAUUAUCCUCUUCUGACAUCACAAGGGGAGCCAAAUUUCAAUGAUUUAUUUUUCACAUGCUUGCAGAGAAUGGUUUACCAAAACUAAGUUACUGGGUUGUUCUUUUUCACAUUUGCAUGAUAUGUCACCUUUAAAAAAAAGAUCAAAACAUACACAGAGUUUAAGCUGUUGUUGAAUUGUUUUGCUUCAGUUUUUUACAAAUUGGGUAAGAGCGCCGUCUAGUGGAUAAUAGCAGAAUAAAAGAUUACCAUAAAAACUCAUCAUGGAAGCAUCAUUGGCAGGGAAAUGUUUUCUCUUUAUUGACGAGACACCGCAGUACUGUCUCUUAAAAAUAUGAAGAAAUUUGCUUAACCAAUGAUGUGUGUUUGGGGAUGGAACUAUCUGUUUUUGUCUAAACAAUAAAAAGUUUAGUUUCAUGAAAAGUAAUUUAAUUUGACCUUUUAUUGCACUUCUGUUUGGUAAUGCAGUAAUGACACACUUCACCUUUAACGAUUUUACUUGCGUUUCCAGUCCUUUAACAACCCUCUAACAAUUAAUUAAGUACCAAUCUCACGAAAAUAGUCAUGCUGUUUUCUUUCCUAAUGUUUAAUGGAAUGCAAUGUACCGUCACAAAUGCGAUUGUAGCGCCUGUUGCGUCCAUCCUAUCGGUGUUCAUUUGAAAACGCAGUUUAAUGUUAAGAUUCUCCCAGCAGCUUAGCCCAGGGACAUCCAGAAGAAGAAAAGUCUAAUGGCUCUCGUUCUUCUGGAUGUUCACCCAGUGAAGUUCACCUGCCGGCAGUUCUUGAGAGAAGGGUGGCGGUAAACUUGGAGGAAGAUCUUUAUCCAGAGCUCAAUCUCAAUAGAGAUACGAUCGUAUCUCUGCUUUGUUUACAUGUCACUCUCUCAUAUUUCUCUCGAAGCUCAAAUACUCACUUUUAUAACGAAGAUCUGCGGGUUUUUCUAGCUCUUACUUAGUGGCUAAUUCUAUAUUUGUCCUCUAUGUCUGUUUUCUGAAGUCUAAACGUGUACCUGUGUAUAACCUCGUGCGUCGUCCGUGUCUUUUACCGGGUUUAGGAACAGGUUUGAUAUGCUGGGAGUUGAAGUCUGUUCUCUCCCACUUGUCACUUUUAUUCUGCGGGGUUCAAUCCGAACCCUGUUGUUAUGGUAUAGUUGUGCGCGCGUGUGUGUGUAUGAGUGUGUGCUGACAUAGAGAGGAUUGUCUGCCUCUUUACUCUCGCAUUAUCCCUGCCUCUCCCUUUAUCCAGUCGCCUCCUUCGAAAAACAACACCCCAAACCUGAAUGUUUACAUGAUCGAAUUGUCUUUUCACUUUACUAGAGCGCACACAAACUACUGAAGCCUUAUUCAGUGUUAAAGUGCCGUAUUAGGAAGUCCCUCGUACGGUACUAAGAAGUUCAUCCGAAUAUUACAGUCGCUUUAUUUGACCAAUUCGAAUCCUGGGAAUUCCUGGGAAUGCCCAAUGAGAUCCUGGGAAAAACUAAACUGAAUGAGUGUGCUGCUUAGUAUGUGUAUACUACUAAACAAGUGAGAGAUUGUGCUGGUUUACAUGAAUAAAUAUAUACAUAUAUCUAUAAGAGAGAUAUAUAAUGUGUAUAUAGCACUGUGUCUUGUGUAAACAUGAGAUAUAUGGUCAUGUGCUGUAACUUGUGGUUUAAAGGGUUGUUAUUAUGUUUGUAAGAGCAGAGUUUAAUGCAGCGAUAAGCAAUACAGGGAAAUCCAGAAGGGAAAAUUCAUUGAUAUGGCUUCAUAAGUCGAUUACAGUUGUAUAAAGUAUCCCUUUAGAAAUGAUUUUUUUAACAAUUUUAAUAUGUUUGUUUUAUUUUGAUUUUUUAUGCAAUUGAGAUGCAAUACCGCUUAUCUAAGAGAGCCUUUCUCUCACAAAAGAAAGGAUUUAUUGAUGAGAUUGGUUGGGUAUCAGGGGAAUUUACGAAAAGAGAUCAUGUACUGCAUGUCGUAGAUUGUGGUGGAAAUACGAUGAAAUGGGAAAAAAAAUCAUUGAUGUUUAGGAUCACUAGCCAAGAAGGACUUUUUCUAUGAGGAAAAAAAUUCCCAGAUAGCCCAGUCUCACACAAGGAGAGCCUUAAACUUUAGUGGGGAAAAAAGCUACCAGUCUGAUCUCCUUUACAAUCCAAUGUGUUUUUCGAUACAGCCAUAUUAUAAAAGGUAUAUACAUAUAUAUGAUUAUAUAUAUAUACACAUACAUAUAUAUAUAUUUGUGUGUUUGUGUAGAUAAAUAUAUAGAUAUAAUUUGUUAUAGAUCAUUUUAUUCAGUGUUUCAAAACACUUCAAUACAUUUCAACUUACACUGUCGAUCUAGAAUGUACAGGUGAUCCAAAUAAAAUAUAUAUAGAUAUAUAUUGAAAAAACACCUUCCAAAGGGAACCUUUUUAAAAUGCAAUACAUUUUUUUUAUUUCCAGUCAUUUCAGUGAUCGCUAGACAAGUUGACCAAAAAAUACAUUUGAUGUUCGGCUACAGGAGAAAUGUGGUAUCACAUCAAAUCCAUUUUACGAAUGUCAUGAUCGUUUGGCCAGGCCCUUAAAUGUAUGCGUGUGUGUGUGUGCUUGUGUGUUGCAUUUCUUUAUAUUUCAUACAUCAAGUCCAUUUUAAUUCACUACAUCUAUCAUCAUACACAUUUGUUGUUCACACACUAAAAAAAGAUUUGUUUGUUAAACAAAUAAAGUUAAUUCAACUUAAAAAUAUCACUUAACUCUGAAAAGUUGUGUCGACUAACAUUUUAAAGUUGAAUUAACUCAAAAUUUUAAGGCAACCAGGUAACUUACGUUUUUAAGUUGAACCAACUUAGUUGUCGAGAAUAUGCCCUCUGAAUCAGCAAUUAUAUUGGGGAAAAUAACAUUGUCUGUGCUAUACCUUAAAUUGUGUUUAUUAAGAAGUGGAUGUAGAAUUGGGUGCCAGAGCAUUAGUUAAUGAUGUCAUUACAUCCAUGUCAUAUUUUAUUGCUGCUUCAAGAUCUUGUCUUUAGUCGAAACAAAAUCUGAGUAAAAGGGCAUGUGUUUCUUUGCUCAUUGUCUUUUUUAUUAUUUACAUCUAAUGACUAUCAAAUUCACUAUGAUUUUUCUUUUUUAACCUAGUUUUUGGUAAAUACUGUUAGUAAGAUUUUAUAUUUUUACAUUUGUUUUUAUUUGUUUUGAGUUUUUUAUUUAUAUGCCACUUAGUUUGGAUGUCUUUUAAAUGGUGUUGGUUUAUCUUUUUUUUUUUGGUAUUGUGUGAUUUCAUGUCUUGAGAAUGUGGAGACGAAUGCAUUUCAGUAUUUUUAAAUUGUUAAAAUCUAGUUUCCUAGAUCAAAGUAUCUAUUUAGUGGAAAUUAUUUGAUGUCAUAAAUUAUAUUUUAAUUCAUGUAAAUAGCGGAAAAAGCAAAUGAUGGCUUCCUUUUAAACUGAACACAUUUCUCUUCCGAGAUUGUUUACAUUAUUAAACUGUAGAAACUGAUCCUCAUAUACUGUAAAAAGUGCAUAUAUUCAUUGUUUUGCCUCAGAAAAAUAAAAUCCAUAAUGAAUAU